AUGCACGAAGUCCCAGCACAGGACACUCCUGACUUCGACGUCGAUCCUAAAACCCUCCCACCACUCAGACUUCCAGAAGGGGUGACCUCACGCUUUAUGGAUACAAAUGCUCUCAACUUCCACGUCCUCGAAUCUGUACCCAAGAACGUAGGCACUACCCGCCCACCCCUAAUUCUUUGCAUACACGGUUUCCCUGAAUUGGCCUAUUCAUGGCGCUACAUCCUCCCUCGCCUAGCAGAGCAAGGCUACUACGCUGUAGCAUUCGACCAACGUGGCUAUGGAAGAACUCAUUCGCCUGACCUGAAAUCCAUACCGGGACACUCUUUUCGCCCAUUAUCUCUGAUCAAAGACACAAUCAGCCUCGUCCAGGCUCUCGGUUACUCUUACAUCCACACCAUCGUCGGCCAUGACUUCGGAGCCGUCACCGCAACAUAUAUGACGCUGGCUCGCGGCUCAGCAGCACCUCCGGACUUCGUUCGUAGUCUAGUCCUUAUGUCCCAUCCAUUCAAAGGAGUUCCUCCUAUACUCUUCAACACCUCACCAAAUCCCAACUUGCCAGCACCAGCAGACCAAGAAAGCUCGAGCGACCCCUACGCCAAGACUCGCGACCCAAAAGUCCAUGAUUCCUUAGCUAGUAUAGAAGAUCGUCCACGGAAACACUACAAAUGGUACUAUUGUACCCGACCCUCCGCCUCCGAAAUGACCUACCCAGCUGGCGGGCCCCUACAUACCUUCUACAGAGGUUACUUCCACCUGAAAUCCGCAGAUUGGUCUGGCAACCACAACCCUGCACCACAUCCUCUCGCCUCGUGGACAGCACCAGAACUAGCAAAGAUGCCUCAUUACUACAUCAUGCCACGAGAUGCAACCAUGAGACAAGCUGUAGAGCGGGACAUGGCCGACCAACCUCCCUCGACAUUUGGCACGAAUUGGCUCCCAGACGAAGAUCUAGCAGUCUAUGUGUCGGAAUACACGCGUACGACAUUCGGUCCACCCAUGAACUGGUAUCGCAUACAGACAUCUCCGGAAGCUGCGAGCGAUAGCCAGCUGUUCGUAAAUCGGAAGAUCUCCGUGCCUAUGAAAUUUGUCGCCGGUAAACAGGACUGGGGCACGUAUCAGGAGCCUGGAGCGGUCGAGGCUAUGGAAACAGGUCGGAGUGUUGAGCAGGGAUCUUACCUCGGGACGGUCCUGGUGGAUGGUGCUGGACAUUGGGUCAACCAGGAAAAGUGGGAGAGAUGUGUUGAGGAGAUUGUUGAUGUAGCGAGACACGUUACGAGUGAAAAUGGUAAGGGAGGAGACAAUCAAGGACAGAACACUCAGGCAGGAAAACUGUAG